AUGGAUUCCUUUGCUGUAAACUCAAAGAAAACACUCCAUGUCCGCUCAAAUAGCUUGCCCUCGAAGCCACAUCCAAUCGUUAACCAAGUUGAUGAACAUUUGUGCAGAUUGAAGUCCUCUGAAGCCACUUCUUCAACUUCCUCUUUAUGUCACAGACUUAACAACCUCCAAGAUUUGCAUGAUUGCAUUGAUAAGUUACUUCUUCUACCAUUCACCCAACAAACUCUUGUUAAUGAGAGUGAUAACAAAUGGACUGAUGACUUUCUAGAAGGAUCUUUGAAGGUCUUAGAGUUGUGUGAUAUUGCUAAGGAUGCAUUGUUGCAAACAAAAGAAUGUGUGCGUGAACUUGAAUCGGUUUUGCGUAGAAGAAGAGAUGAAGCUGUUAUUUCACGCGAUCUUCAGAAAUGCUUGAGUUCUAGGAAGAUGAUAAAGAAGGUAGUCCAAAAGGCUUUGAAAGGAAUCAAAAGUAACUGUUCUCAGCAAAGUGAAGAAACUUCUGCAACCGUUAGCUUGUUAAAAGAAGUAGAGGCAGUCACAUUCAGUACCGUUGAAUCAGUAUUGUCUUUCAUAGCAGGUCGAAAAUUGCCAUCAAGAUGGUCUUUUGUCUCCAAGCUGAUACAAUCCAAAAGAGUUGCCAACAAAGAUGAAGAUUCAUACGAAAAUGAAGUAGACAUGAUGGAUGCCACUCUGUCUACAAUUGCCAGCCACACGACUGAUAAAUCCGUCAACUUGCAGGACCAGCUGAGGAAAUUUGAGUCAAGUAUUCAAGAUCUUGAAGAAGAUCUUGAGAGUCUACAAAGGCAUCUAAUAAAAAACAGAGUCUCCCUUCUCAAUAUCCUAAAUCACUAA